ACUCGUCCAACUCGCUCGCUCUCCGGACAUGCUACUUGCCAGAGUCUGACACAGCGCACAUCGCUCUCUCAGGACAGACAAAGCUGCUUGUCCCUUCUCCCACCCGCGUCUUUUCCCUGCACUCCCCCGACCUCGUCCCUUCCUUCUUCUUCCUUGCCUUGCAAACUCAGUCGAGCAGUCGAGCCCUCCAGCACUUCCCGCCGCUGCAGUAUAAAUGUCAGACACAGCCGUGCCUCGCAGACAGCCACCAAGCCCACUCGUCUUCUCUCCAGACACCGUCCUCCCGCCUAUCUCCGUCCAAGCCAACUCGUCCAGCCAUGGAACGGGUUCAGUCUCAGGCUCCGGUCCAAACACCGUCUCCAUGCCCUUCAUCAAGCGUCAUGUCACUCGCCGUCUCAAGUCUGCCAAGCAGGAGUGCGACAAGGACCUCCAGCGUGUAACCAAUGCCAUUACCGCCUUCUUUGAGGAACGGCUUAGAGAGGGAGACGUCGAUCAGUCUGAUGCUGAGCCCCCGCGCGACCCGGCUACCGUACCCGCAUCUGGAACCGUGACUGAACAACUGCGUCCCGCCCAGCUGGACGAGACCUACUCGGACGGUGGAUACGACGGCGAGGUCGAGGCUGGCCGUCAUUCCCGUCAACGUGCGUCUGCGUCUCCAGAAGAUCUUCAGGCAACUAGGCUGACUCGCUGGGCUUCCUCUCCUGGUAUUAUUGCAGCAUCAGUUUCGUCCAGUCCAGUCUCGCUUCAGCGGCAAAACACGCUUCCCAAGACCAGUGCAUCAAGCACCGCCCUUGCCGCUCCCGUCGAGGCGACCCCCCGUAAAGCACCAGUUAAUUUCAAUCCACAGGCCUCGUUGUCGUCCGCGACCGGAAGCCGGGCUUCACGUCGAUUGUCUCGCACAAUUCACAUCCCCGUGCGUGCAUCUCGAUCGGGCCAGAGUUCGCGGAGCACGUCCCGGUCCCGUUCACCCCUGCCUGCAUCCUCCCGUCACGGUUUCUCCGAAAACGCUGCAUCCACAAGUCCAAAUCGUCGGUCAUCACGCAUUUUAGUUGAUGACCCCGUGGACCCCAUCAUGACGACCCUUUACGAAAUUAUCGGCGUAGCCACCGAUAUUCAAGAGAUGUCGAUUUCUCAGCUAACUGCACAGCCCAAGGUCUGUUCACAGCUUGUUCAAAGAGUUCAGCAAAUCGGCAAAGCUUGGGACGAACACCCUGAUUGGCACGGUCGAAACUGGUAUGUCCAGGUUCUCCUGGCAGUGGCCAGUCUCAGCCGGGUCGUCGAGUGGUGGGAGGCCGAGAAGCAAUUUUGGAACUUUGAUGACGAUGAUGACGAUGAACAGGAACCAUUUGCUUUCUUGCUCAAGCCUGCAGAAGAACCUGGAGCUACCCCUGCGCCAACACCGACGAUAUCACAAGGUGCUGACUCGGAUAAUCAAAAACAGUUAUCACUUGCUCCGGAUGGUGAAAAUCGGCUUCGGUUAUCUCGAACCACAAGUCAUCCAGGACAAUCGCGAGAUGAGCUGCGUCGUCCUUCUGCGACUGUCCCGAAGGAACAUGAUUUCGCACGACAGCCGACAAAGCCUAUGGACACGACGGAGUCAGCACGAGUUCUAGCCACGGAAAGACUCCGUCUUCAAGCAGAACAAGCCCAGAGCCAGAACAUUGUGAUUGAACUUAGUCUCGAUGGGGAUCAUCUCCUUUGGAUCAAUUACGCUUGGGCUUCGGUGGUGGGUUCGGAUCCCGAAGAAGUGGCUGGGACUAAGCUGUCACGGCUAUUAGCGCCUGCAGAUUCGAGCGUAUUCCGCGAGGCUACUGAACAGCUUCUUGCUGACGACUCCCACACUAUUGAAACCCGUUUUCGCUUGCAGGUCGAUAUGGGUUCGGACUCGCCGAACCGUAGUGUGCGUUAUCGUGAGAUGGAAGGUAAAGGUAUGCUGAUGAUUGACCCGGGUGACGGCCAACCAUCGCACACGAUGUGGGUUAUCAAAUCCGUGGGACCUCCAACAUAUGAUCAGUCACCGAUGUUGCUAGCUGAAGCAGGUCCUAUUCGGGAAGAACCCGGGACGACUGAGGACAUUGAGGCACUUGACGAAGAACAGCAGGGGAACAAAUCUUUCCGAUUCACAAGGCCGAUGACUUCCGCAGUCAUCCUCUGCCGUAUCUGUGAGAACAAUAUACCGGAAUGGUUCUUUGAGAAGCACAAUGAGACUUGCAAUGACGUACACAAACUCGAGGCUGAUAUUGGGGAAUGCAAUGAAUCUAUUGCUGAACUGCGCAGUACCAUCCGUGAGCUCCGUCUUGCCAUUGACCGAGCUUCACCGACCUUCGUGCCUGAGUACCGAGGGAUGCCUGUUAUGGUCCCUGCGACUCCGCCUAAUGGUUCAGGUGCUUUGCACUUGUUUAAGCCGCCGUUGGUCUCGAAAAUGCAGAGAUCAAUGCUGAAAAGAAAUCAACGCCGACUUUUGGAACAGUUAGACGAUAUUCUUCAGCUGGCAUUUGAAGUUUCCUUGCCGUCGCUGAAGGACGAGGAAGUCAAGGAGCCGAUCGAACGUCAACGGCUGUUAUCUCCGAGCUCUGAUCGCAAGAUGACGCAGGUCAGGAGCUGGUCGAAGCCCUCAACAGAAGAUGCUGCGUUGUCACGACUAAUCAGCGACGCAGAGAGGUUGAUGCGAUCAAAGAUGGAUUCUGUUGUCCGAAUGCAGAAUACCAUCAGGUACGCAGAGAAGGUCCGGCAAGAGUGGGAAGAGAAAAUGGAGCAGCUUACUCUGCAGGAGGAAGAAGAGGACUUUGAUGGCGAAGAAGAUGAGGAGGGUGAGGAGGGUGAGGAAAACGGUGAACAAGACGUCGUCGGUGAGGACGAUCGUGAUAGCACGAGGGCCGAGUAUGCCUUCAGCGGAGAAUCGGUUGCAUCGUCUGAACCGACACCUGUGGCUUUGUCUCCUGAUCCUACUCCUGUGGCAUCUUCGCCGGCGUCCUCUUCCACAGCAUCAUCUCGCAGCAACAGCAUCCGGAUGCCUCUUCCCUCAUCGGCAGCGGCUAUGUAUCAAGCUGCCAACUUGAACUCAUUCACGCGUUCCUCUACGCCCGCGUCAAUCACCUCGCCGCUGGCUCUAGCUGCUCCUAUUGUUGCUUCGGAUACAGAACAUUCCUCGCCGUCAUCAAGUCCGAAAGACAAGCAGAAGUCUAUUGCUCACAGAAAAUCCCAAGCUCUUGAGCCGAGGGUUACCGUCACACCUCCGAUUUCGCCGAGUAUCGCACCUCGUGACAGCGUCAGCAGCGCCGACGGCAGCAGGCGUUCUCGUCGUCUAUCUACUGUAAACACAAAUCCGGUCUCAAGCCCCAGUGGCUCCGUCACUGGGCCUCUUUCUCCCAGGAUACCCUCCGUUAUGCCAUCGUCGAAAAGCACUCCUACUAGCAUAAGAGAUUUCGAAAUAAUCAAGCCUAUUUCCAAGGGUGCCUUCGGCUCCGUCUUCCUUGCAAAGAAGCGGGUUACUGGCGACUAUUAUGCGAUCAAGGUUCUCAAAAAGGCCGACAUGAUUGCGAAGAAUCAAAUCACUAAUGUCAAGGCGGAACGGAUGAUUCUGAUGAACCAAGCAGAGUCGCCGUUCGUUGCGAAACUCUAUUUUACUUUCCAGAGCAAGGAUAAUUUGUAUCUUGUUAUGGAGUAUCUUAAUGGUGGAGACUGCGCGGCACUUAUCAAGUCCUUAGGCUCUCUCCCAGAGGAAUGGACUAGACAAUAUAUUGCGGAGGUAGUUCUUGGUCUGGAGUACCUACACGAGCGGGGUAUAGUACACAGAGACUUGAAGCCCGAUAAUUUGCUAAUCGACCAACACGGUCACCUCAAGUUGACCGAUUUUGGUCUUAGCAGGAUCGGUUUACUCGGUCGUCAAACCCGGGAUUUGAAUGUCGAGCGUGCGCGGCCACGGACGAGACAUAGUCCGGGAUCUCGUCCGCCGUCCAUGGAUGCAGCCUAUCUGUCAUCCCCGCUCCUGCUUUCAGUAGACUUACUGGGAGGUUCGUACUUCUCACAGCGGAUUGGGAGUGUUUCCGCACCUCCACUUGCAUCAUCUCCUCAUUUGUCCACUGGCACACCCACAGAUGACAUCAGCGAGUCGAGUGGAUCGGAUAGCCUCUCAGGCUUUUUCCUUCGUCGAACUGGCAAAAAUAACGGACGGGAGAGUCCUGUCCAGUCUUUCGCGAAUGAACUUACCAAUGAUCUACGUUUGUACGCGCAUACUCCGUCUGGUCUCGGGACGCCUUCCGGAGAACAGAAGUUUGUUGGUACUCCGGAUUACCUUGCUCCUGAAAGCAUUCUUGGUAUUACUGGUGACGAUGCUGUUGUUGAUUGGUGGGCACUUGGUGUUAUCACCUAUGAAUUCCUCUACGGGAUUCCACCCUUCCAUGCUGAGACUCCUGAAAAAGUAUUUGAGAAUAUUCUUUCAGGGCAUAUUGAUUGGCAUGAAGAGUACAUCGAUUUCUCUCAGGAGGCACUUGAUUUCAUGAAGCGACUGCUGAAUGUAGAUCCUUCCAACCGUCUCGGUGCAAACGGUGCGGCUGAAGUUAAAGCCCAUCCAUUUUUCACCGGCAUCGAAUGGGACAAGGUUACGACUAGGGAGGCUGCAUUUAUCCCACAAAUUUCAGACCCUGAAUCGACAGAUUAUUUCGAUCUCCGAGGUGCAUCAACUCAGCUUUUCCACGAUGACGACGGAGGGAUUCCUGUUGGCCAAUCUGCUGCUACACCAGGUAUCGGCUCGUUUGCGAUUCCCACAAGUACAGGGACUGCAGCUAUUCCAAUCGCUACGAGUCACAGCGGACAUUCGCCAACGCAAGAUGACUUUGGAUCCUUCAGUUUCAAGAAUUUGCCUGUCCUGAAACAAGCGAAUGACGAUGUGAUACGGAAGUUGAAGACCGAUCAAAUGACGCCGAUGGUACACGCACUAAGCGAACCUGCGCAGAUCUACAGACCGCAUAGGCGGAGCGUGUCACAGAGGAUCAAGAAACCGCCGAGCGUCGUCACUCAGCUUGAGGGAGGCAAGCCAUCCACUACGAACCCGCCUUCUCCUGCGACUUCUGUGUCGUCGGUUGCGUCUUCACCGUCACGUGCGAGUAUGGCACCCUCAACUCCGGGAAGUGUCCAGGCGAAUCACAACCAUUCGCGGAAGCCGUCCGAGUUCGGAGCCAUCGAACGAUUCAAGCAGAAUCACCUUGAGAGCGAUGUAUCAAGACGAAAUUCGAUGCCUAGCCGCCUCAGGACCGCAUCGGUCUCAACGAGCGGAGAGGGGUCUUUGUCGGAUCACUGGCCCGCCUCUGUCUCACAUGUCUCCAGUCACUUUGAGUCCACACCUCCAUCAUCCAACUCUGGGUCGCUUGAUUUACGGCGUGGUAUGGACAUCAAUGACCGAGCCUUGACGUGCUUGCUUGCAGAGGACAACCCAAUUACUGCCAAGAUCAUUGAGACACUUCUCAUCCGUCUUGGUUGUCGAGUUGUCGUAGUUGCUGAUGGAUCAGAAGCCAUAAGUGUCGCUCAUGGCGAUAUCAAAUUUGACUGCAUCUUGAUGGAUUUGCACAUGCCAAUAGUUGACGGCGAAAGUGCAGCUCGCCUCAUUAAGAGCACGAACAACAAGAACAGUAGUGUGCCUAUUAUUUCUGUGAGCGCCUACAGUGGAUCAGACAGUUUUGCGAGCACGCUCUUUGCUGCAUCUUUGUCCAAGCCGGUUCAGAAGGCAGAUCUGCUAGCUGUUAUGCGGCAACUAGGAUUCAAAACGUCCACGCAUCAGGACCGUGGUGCACCGGCUACACGUGUGAUUGCUGUUCGAUAGCACUUGCCGAUGUUAUUUUUCUUUCCUUUUUCUGUUAUUCUUCACCCACAAACCAUAUUCAAUCGUUUUCAGCCCUUUUUUUCUUCCUUACGUACGAUCUCACGAUAUCUCCAGUCCAGCCUUCGCAAGCCUACAUAUGCAUUUCUCUACCUUUUUUUUUUUUUACUUUCCCAAUCACAAACCCAAAGAACCAGCAUUGAACCACCAUUCCUCACCCCUGCAAGCAUUUAUCCACGUUACGUUCAUG